AAGGUUGAUGUCGUCAUCUCACGUGGUUUCGUGGCAGCUCUAUCUUAUCUGUUCGCGCCAACCACGCGAACCAAGACAGCGCCCGAUAGCUUUUGUCGAUGCUCUCGAAUUGCUGCGUCAAUGCAGUAACAACGGUUACCGUACGAGUCCCAGCCGUUCAAAAACUUAAGUGAUGCUAUCACGAUAAACAUUUAUCGAAUUCGAGCCGCUUCCCGCUUGAAAACCAGACAUGUCGUUUCACGCAGCCAAACGCCGUCGACUCGACCAAGCUACACACACGCUCUCCAAGCCCUUCAAAUCCCCACUCCGUAAACAAAUCCAAAACACAUCUGCAGAGAACGGCGACGAGAAAGCCGACGGCGUGUCGAAAUCAAUAGCUCCAGUCGACGAUGCAUCUCAUAAUACAACCAUCUCCGCCGGCGCCCAACAUUCACCACACACCCCACGUCCCGCUUCCGCAGCCAUCAAGCGGCCCACCACAAUCCCACCAACCCCACCACCUACCAUAUCGACACCCUCACCAAGCGCACCUCCCGAACUCCUCGCUCUCCAAAAGCAGUACUCUGCCCUGACAACACGCCUCGCAAAACUACGGAUGGAUCUUGAUAUUGUUACACAGGCAUUGAAGCUCGAGCAGUCGGGGAAGGAUGCGGAGCUUGAAGUGCUAGUUGCGAAGUGGAAGACUGCAAGUCGGGAGGCGGCGGAGGAACUGUUCGUUGGCGCUGAGGAGAGGGUGAAGAGGAUGGGUGGUGUGAAGGGGUGGAGAGAGAAUAUGAGAAAAGCGCAGGAGAGGAGGACGAGGUGGGAUGAGGAUGAGCGCGAUGUUGGCGGUAAGGAUGAGAUGGGGAGUGAGGGGGGGGAGGUUGAAAGGAGAAUAGCGGAGAUGGAGGGGGAGAUUGAGGGGCUGGAGCGCAGGAGUGAUGGCAAGGAUGGAAAUAGAGAUAAAAUUGGGGAAGGUGAUGAGGGCGAGAGUUUCACGAUGGAUAUGAUGCUAAAGAGCUUGAAUAUUGAACUUGAUAUCAUCGGAUUCGAUAAAGAUACCCAGCAAUGGGUAUAAAUCCAAGUCUACAGUCGAAGGUAUGACAAAGAGUUACUGCAAACCAAAUGAUUUACCACGUCUCUGUUGCGUGAUCGCUGAGCUAGUAACAGUUUGUCUAAAUAAGGGGCUACAAUGCUACUGCACCAACAGGUUAUUCAGCUGCAGCACGACGAAAGCAGUCUAUAGUUCUCUAGGUUGCAAUUCCCGAACGACAGGCCAUAUAUAGACGCUUGUCGAAUGAGGGGUUUUGUCAUCGGACUAAGGAAAUCUCUUUUAAUUCGUAUCAUGAAUAUGCCAUUAAAAUUCCUUCCAGCUACUUUAUCUCUUAGCACUAUAUCAUUAUAAUUUAUCUUUCAUACAACAAUGUCCUAUAUUUUCUGUGGAUGAACGGAGCGGUCUCUAAAAGUUGCAAAGCCUUAAACCAUUUGUUCUACCCACGUUCCCUACGUUUAGAAAACAAUGCCUGGUAUAACAAUCGGCAGAGUGAGAAUUAUCAAAUCGUAUUCCCC